GCCAGUCCGUGACGAAGCGGGCCGACGUUCCCGUACCAAACGAGAUUAAUAGAGAUCCGCCUGUCAGCCGGACGCCUCACCAUCUGAGCGAGAUCCAGCGGCUUCCAGACGGCCAGUCUUCUCGCAGAUCGCAACCUGCGUGGGCAACUACCGAUCGUGAUCGAUCAAACCCGUGCGCCUCCAUUGCCGCGUAACGCACGGAUCAUAGUAGAAGCGCGAGUCCGCGAUUAACCCGUGCACCACGAGUCAAUCUAGUCAUCCAGAGAUCGGAUCAAUCGGCCGCUGUGAACGAUCCAACCCUCUUCUUUUUCGGAAAGCAAUCCGCGUUCGUCGCAACUCGUACUGAUGCGAAUAAGAAUCACGAGGGGUCGGUGGGCCGUAUUCGGUGGCUUCACCCUAGUUUGCCUGGCCAACCUACGAUUAGCGAUCGCCGACAAGAAUUCAGAGGGAAGGGUUCGCAGGGAAGAGACCCGGCAACAUGUAUGCUGCGCAAAACACGAGAAGAUGAUCGACGUUGGAUACGGAAUAUCGGGCGAGGUAAUCCAAAUCAACGCCGGACACUGCCGCAAGCUCUGUCCGAGACACACUCUGGACGAUCCUGGAGACGCCAGCCGACCUGUGGUUCAGAGAUGCUCCCAAGAGGCCCAUUGUCGUCCUAGGGCCGCGAAAAUGGAGAGGUUCACCACGAUCCAAGGUGUACGGGUGAUAGAGGUCGUCGAAGCAUGCGAAUGUACACCGGACACGUCCUGCAGACGGGAGUCUAUGACACAUUUAGUGCAUUCUGGUACACCUCAUCAAGCUACGAUAGACGUUGGCGUGUGUAUGGGUCGCUGUGAUAAAGAUCUCGGAUGCAAGCCAAUGAGGAACAGCACGGUUAGCAUCAAGGGGCCCAACGGAGACGAAGUGUACCAGAUGAUCGAGAAGUGCGGCUGUGCCGGAUCCUGUCACAAGAUGGACCAUAUGGAGACCGUUCUGGACUUCAGCGUGGUCGCUAUCAAAGACGGCACGAACACGACCGACGUCAGGCCAGUAAUCCGGCAAAUUAACGUAGGUCAGUGCGUCGGAUCGUGUCCGGGCAACGGAACGGAAAUGUGUUUGCUGCGGGAGAAGAAGGAGCCGUCGAGAUGCUUAGCUAGUUUGUACAGGAAGCAGAACACCUGCACGCCCGCCAGAUUCAAAGUUCACGAGUACAGAACUCGUCGAGGAUCGAAGAGGGAGAUAAUUCAAAUCACCCACAGCGAUUUAAGACAGCAUAGGACGAUGACGAGGACCGUGCCGUACCUUUGCUUGGGGUUGCUGCUGCUGCUGUCGAGGACCCUAAACGCUCAUGGGGGUCACGAUGUCAACGUACAAGAGUCGAAGAGUUCUUGGUCUCUGGCUGACCUGGACCAGGGCGGGGACCACAAUACCCUCCGGGACAAGGCUCUGGAGAAGCUGCAACAGGUCCUCGGGAUCCGCAGCCAUGCUGAGAAAACGGGUCGUCGCAAGGUGCCCCCGCAGUUUAUGAUGGAGUUGUACAACAACGUGGCCGAUUCGAGCGGUGUCACGCGCGGUAGGAAUCCAUACAAUGCCAAGGUCGUCCGCAGCUUCAUCGAAAGAGCAGAUACGUCAAUGUCAAGAUUCUACUUCUUCAACAUCACGGGGUUGGAGGUGAACGAAUCUGUCCUAGAAGCGGAGCUUCAUCUGUACCGGAAGAGGACGUCGGUGAAGACCGCGCAUCCUUCCACGUUAGCAUCUGCCUAUUAUCAGAUAAGAGUGUACCAAGUUCUGGACGAGAGGAGCCUGGAUGUCCCGGACCAACACAGACUCUUGAACGUUCGGUACGUCGGGGCACACGCCUCCGGCUGGCAGAUUUUCAACGUGAAGCAAGCGGUGCUAGCCUGGCUGACCGGCGAGCCUAAUCUCGGGCUUCUGGUGACCGCGUCCACCCUGUUCGAGGACCAGGUGGACGUGGAAUUUUCUCGUCGCAACGAGUACCAUCACAGCAAGCAGCCAAUCUUGGUGCUAUUCGAUGACGACGGCCGAAGCGAUCGGAGCAAUAAGAUGAUCCCCCGCUAUUACGCGUACGGGAACAACGAGGACGAGAGCGGCGAGGUGAUGUACGACGAAGAGGACGAGAAGAUUGAUCUGAAGAACGAGUAUAAUGACAAGAGCCUACGGAAGAGUCAGCCAGAGGAGGCGAGAUGGGAGGGCGGAGACAGGUCAGAGUUCUUUCAGAGGCAGAAGAGAACGCAGAGGGAAGAGUCGAAAAGUCCCGGCGAACAGAAAGCUUCCGGUCGUCGUCGCAGAGAAACGUCCUUGGUCGAUGGUUACCAGAAUCCAUUCUCCAACGACGCGCUGUUCAUCUCGAUGGACAUCUAUAGAAGGGCGAUGCGCAGGGGAGGAUCGGGUCACCGGAGAUCCAGGCUUCACGUGAAAAACCGCCGCGAGAAACGGUCAACGAAGAGCCACGCGUCCGUACAACAAAACGUCACCGACUGCUCGAGGCACGAGCUCUAUGUGGACUUCAAGGAGAUAGGAUUGUCUUCGUCGAUCAUAGCUCCCGUGGGCUACUCAGCCUAUCACUGCAAGGGCAUCUGCGAGUCGCCUCUCAGCCAAGAUCAGCAGCCAACGAACCACGCGACCAUCCAGGGCAUCGUGCACAAGAUGGGCUUGGCCAAGGACGUCGAGCGACCUUGCUGCGUGCCCACCAAGCUCCUUGGCACCACCAUCCUCUUCUUCGACGACAACGAGAACGUCGUACUGAAGGUUUAUCAGGACAUGAUCGCGGACCGCUGCGGUUGCCGUUAAAGAUGAAAGGCUUCGAGGAUGACAGAGGGUAUCGAGAAUGAAUGACUGAGUGAAAGGUGAAGAGUGUGCGCGUGCUUGUGUGUAAUGGCGACGUAAAAGCGAUUGGUACGAGAGUCAUUCCCAGAGAGUCGCCUCGUGAUCGUCGUCUCAAUCGAUUCUAAAACCCGACUUUGUACAUAAGAACAUUCCUGAAUUCGCGCACGGUCAUACGUAUCCACGAUUGGCGCGUAUCUAUCAAUACGUAUCUUGUAUUGUCGUUAAAUUAUUACUAUAACCACACGCAACGAGCCUGCCGGAAACUGUACAUAAUGCUGUAUCUUAGACGUUAGAGUUAUUUAUAUUUUAAUUACGAUUGAAUAAAAACGGAUAUUUAAAGCGA